CGCGGUUAUACUUGACGUGUUUGUCAAUACUUUUUGUUUGUCAAAAAUGAAAAAUAUGUAUGGCAAAAUACAACUUGGUUCAAUGUUUGUCAAACUAAGCGUAUUUCUUGGCCUAAUAAUGUGUAUUGUCUUAGUAACAUACUGAAUUAAUUGUGCUUUUACAAUGGUUGGGUGUAGCAUUUAUGGGUGUAAAAGCCGUAGCGAAAAACAAGAUAGUAUCACAUUUCACGCGUUUCCUAAAAAUGCAUUUUCUAAAAUCCUUUGGAUCCAAGCUACGGGUCGUUCUAAUUGGACACCAACAAUAUUUUCCAAGAUAUGUUCAAAGCAUUUUGAAGAAAAUGCUAUUGUCCGCAGAAAGAAAAUAUCUAGAAUUCUUCCAACAGCAAUUCCAACCAAAAAUCUUCCAAAAGUACCAAAAAAGCAAGUUCCUUUAGCAAAAGUUAAAGAUUAUCCCAAUACACGAAAAGGCGCCGCUAGAGCUGCCAGACGGGCGUUGAUGGUGAAAAGGAGAAAAAUGACGGGAAUGAAACAACACAAAAAGGCUACGGAACAAAGCGGCGAACAAGAAGAAAGCGUAGUACCUUCAGAUAAAUACAUAGACGAUGAUGACAAUAAGCCAGAAAUCCCAGAUAUAGAGCGGGACAACUUGUUUAUGUACCCGGGCAUCAAAGAUGUCCGCUCCCUCAACCAGGACACAAAAUCCGAAGAUGACGUGACAAAUUUCGAAAAUUACCUGUGUAGCGAGUGUAACGAAGCAAUUACUAGGUUCCGCUACACGUGUGUGCAGUGCAGCGACUUGGACCUGUGCGGCGCGUGCGAGGCCGACGGAGCGCACCACCAACACUACGUGCUCAGGGUGCCCGCCGAUAGACAAGCGUCAGAGGUACAAUUCGUGCUGGCCACGAUACGACACCAUUUAAUGAAAAGAUUGGAUCCCAUAAAUGAAUCCUCAAAAGAGCAAGAACAAGAAGAAGACGUCAUGAGUGAAACAUCCGAAAUAAAAAUGGAGUUCGAAAGUGAUGACGAUUUUGCACGUAAAAUUGAAAAUGCAAAUUAUAUUCACAACACUGAUGACGAGGAAACUGAUGAGGCAGAUCUUGACGAUAUAGAUCCGGAGGAGAUAGUCAGUGCAAAAAUGUCGAAAGCGUCGGAAGUAAGAGGGGCUCGAACUUCGUUUGGUUUGAUGAGAAUAACGCGGAGUACCGCGGCAAAGGCGGAUGCUUGUACAGAAGCUAGUACGGUGCUUAACACAGAGAUGAAGAGUAGGGCCAGUACAACAACGAAUACUGAGGCACCGGCCCCAAUACUUGGUGCUGCCCUCAGUAGUAAGGCGAAUCCAAAACCGGGUGCUGCAGUGAAUAGUGCGACCAGCAUUGAGAUGAGCAGUGGCACCAGUGCUGGGAUGAGGCCUGCAGCGAAUACUGAGGUGAGGACCGGAGCGAAUACAGGGGACAUUGCGACUUCGAGUCUUGGGAACAGUGCUUGUACUGCGACGGUGGCAAAUACUGGGAUGUGUAUUGAAGCCAGUGAUGUAGCAAGGACAACAAUGAGUAGUAGUGUCAGUAAUACGAGUAAAACUGUGUCAAAUACUGGCACGUUUACUAAAGCUAGGAUUGCAGCGAGUUCCUCAGCGAAGACAGCAACAAGUACUAAGAGCAGUACUACAAUAAGCACAAUGCCUAAUAACGAAGCGAGUAAUAGGGCAAGUCCUGCAACGAAUGCCCCAGCGACGACUGGUGUAAAUACUGGAGCGAAUAUUGAUGUUUGUACAGCAAAGGGAGCACUAACUGCAGUGAUAAAAACUGGUUUUGAGGCUAUUAUUGCGGCGAGAACUAGGCCGGUUAGUGUUACCUGUGAUGCAAAGGAAGCAGUAACAAAUACUGGGACGCGUAUUGCCAGUAGUACGGCGAGUACCGUCGCACUACCACCCGCCGUCGCCAAGACGAAGAUACUAAUCAAGCGAAAAGACAUUAUCAAUGUGAAGGAUUUCAACUCGCCAGUUAAAUUAAUGUGCGUCAGCCCUUUACCAAAUAAUGGCAUAUCAAUAAAUACUAUACCUUUACCUCCGUUUGGAAAACCGGACACAGGAUAAAACUGAAACAUCUGGUGUUUAUCACUUUUGUUAUGGGACAAGACGAUUAUGUGACAGUAAUCCUGGCGUUGACUAAAAAUGGCGCGGCCUGCAGAAUUGUACAGUUUUAAAAUGGUUGUGCAUGGUGUUUCCAAUAUUUCACGAAUAAGAAAUAUGAAAUAAAUUCGUUUUGAAACUGGU